AUGGGCACUGGUGGGGAAGGCCCCCCUGCAGUGGCAGAGAAAGAAGCCACUGGGAAUUGGACAGCUGAGCGCAAGAUUCAGAUCCUUCGACGUGAAUACAGAGGACGUGGAUCAGAAACCCAGAUUGUCCACAUGGUCUUAAACAUACAUCAUGCUCUCCAGGCGAAGGCCUUCCUCACUCCUGGCAUGAAAACGGUGGGUGGACUUUCCAUUCCAAGAACAGCCGAGGUCUCCAGAAGAAAGCGAAGACUACGAAAUGUCUCUUUCAUCAUGCCCUUGCUAAACACUACCAACAGCCAUCCCCGGACCUUUCUUCUCCUUGGCAUCCCAGGGAUGGAGGCCAUCCACGGCUGGUUGUCGAUACCCUUCUGCCUUGUUUACCUAAGUGCUCUCCUGGGGAACUUCUCCAUUCUGUUUAUUGUCAGAACGGAUUCUACGCUGCACGAGCCCAUGUACUUCUUCCUCUGUAUGCUCUCUGUGGCUGACGUGAGCCUCUCCACUACUACUAUGCCCAAAAUCCUCAGCAUUUUUUGGUUCCAUGACAGGGAGAUCGAUUUUGAAGCCUGUCUCAUACAAGUGUUUCUCAUUCAUUCACUGUGCAGCAUGGCCUCGGGGUUCAUCCUGGCCAUGGCCGUGGACAGGUACGUGGCCGUCUGCAAUCCCCUGAGACACUCCGUCAUCCUGAGCCACCGAGUCAUCAAGACCUUGGGGCUGGCUGUUGUCUUCCGCGGAGCUCUGCUUUUCAGUCCUCAACCCUUCAUGCUUCGGGGGCCUCCCUAUUGCAGAACGAAUAUCAUCCCUCACACGUACUGUGAGUUUAUGGCUCUGAUCAGGCUGGCUUGUGCAGAGACCAGGACCUACAGAAUCUACAGCCUAACUGCUGCCUUCCUUACCGGCGGUUUAGAUUUCAUAUUAAUCCUCUGUUCGUAUGUUCGCAUCCUUCACACUGUCUUCCAUCUUCCGUCCAAGGCUGCUCGGCUCAAGACCUUGGGCACGUGUGGAUCCCAUGUCUGUGUGAUCUUAGUAGCCUAUACGCCAGCCUUCUUCUCCUUCCUCACCCACAGGUUUGGGCACCACGUGCCUCCUCACAUUCACAUCUUUGUGGCUAACAUCUAUGUCCUCGUUCCACCCAUGGUGAACCCAAUGAUCUACGGCAUACGAACCAGCAGGAUCAGAAAACGAUUCCUCCAAGUGUUGACUUCUCACAAAUCCUACAACAACCAACUCUCUCUGCAGCAGGUUCCUAAGACUUAUAGGGGCAGGGGAGACAUGCAGCCCUAA